UCCCGUUUAUUCUUGUCUGGACGGUAGUCUCGGUAGUCUCGUUCGGUCCGUGAUCGCGAUACAUUACGCGGGUACCGCCGGUACUCGUACCACGAGUCACUUUGUGAGACAAAUUCGCGUCCUGGUUCUCGCAUUUGCGUCGACGAUAAAUCCGUGGAUCCCCGUGACAUCGUGCGUCCGUACCGGCGUUUGCCAGAAAUGAAGUAACGUUGAGCUACGGGAUCCACGCGCCACGCGGCUCCUUCUAUACACCAUAAAAUCCCAUCAGAGUGACACUUUCUGUGACAAACGACAGAUAACUUACGCUGGAAUAAAUAAUCACGAGUAAAUUGCACGUAGAUAAUCAAGUUGGUCGACACCUAUCAAAAUGGAUAACAAAGCCCCAACUGAACUGGAAACCUUCUUGCCCCAAGAUGGGUCGAAUAUGAAAGAUGGUGUAUUAACAAAAUAUAAAGUGCAAGUCGCUCCGCGAGAUAUGGAAGCCGGACAAGUCGAUGGAAAAAGUUUCGAUCCCUUCACAGAACGAAGAGUAGAUAACCCAACGACGGAUUGUGACACAUUGACGCAUUUAUUGAAAGCUUCCCUUGGAACGGGUAUAUUAUCCAUGCCGAUAGCUUUCAAGAAUGCCGGCCUCCUUCUCGGUGUACUUGCUACGAUUCUAGUGGCAUUCGUAUGCACGCACUGCGCGUAUAUUUUGAUAAAAUGUGCACAUAUAUUAUACCACAAAACGAGGCGUACGGAGAUGAGCUUCGCGGAUGUAGCGGAAGUUGCAUUCGCUACGGGGCCAAAAUGGGCCAGAAGGUUCUCAAAACCAAUUAGGUACCUUAUACAAAUUAGUUUAUUCGCAACGUACUUCGGCACCUGCAGUGUGUACACGGUUAUCGUUGCCGCGAAUUUUAACCAAAUCAUCGAACAUUACAAGGAUGAAGGAUCCGGCGAAUUCAGUAUCCGAUUGAUGACUGCUAUCUUAUUAGUGCCUAUGAUACUGCUCAGCUGGAUACCGAAUCUGAAGUAUCUCGCGCCCGUUUCCAUGGUGGCCAAUAUAUUCAUGGGAACCGGUUUAGGAAUCACGUUCUAUUAUUUAGUUAUGGAUAUCCCAUCGAUCACCUCUCUACCCUUGAUCGCCCCCAUCGAGGAUUUCCCACGGUUCUUCAGCAUUACGAUUUUUGCAAUGGAAGCAAUAGGCGUCGUAAUGCCACUGGAGAAUAAUAUGAAAACGCCGCAACACAUGAUCGGUAUCUGCGGCGUUCUGAACAAAGGAAUGUCCGGGGUUACGCUGAUAUACAUUUUACUCGGAUUCUUAGGAUACCUAAGAUACCAAAAUGAUACCAUGGACAGUAUAACUUUAAACUUACCCACCGAAGAAAUACCGGCUCAAGUUGUCAAAAUCUUAAUUGCUCUAGCUGUUUAUUGUACGUUUGGAUUACAAUUCUACGUGUGUCUCGACAUCGCGUGGAACGGUAUAAAAGAUCGGUUCCAGAAAAAGCCGGUGUUGGUAAAUUAUAUUUUAAGAACGGUCAUGGUUUCGGGCGCAGUUUUAUUGGCGGUCAUUGUCCCAACCAUCGAACCGUUUAUUGGGCUGAUCGGGGCAUUUUGUUUUUCGAUACUGGGUCUUUUAAUCCCUGUAUUCAUUGAAACGGUGACGUACUGGGAGGUUGGAUUCGGGCCAGGAAACUGGGUAGCAUUGAAAAACAUAAUUAUAUGCGUCAUCGGCAUUAUGGCUUUAAUAUUUGGAUCUCGCAGCGCGUUUAUACAAAUCGCCGCGCUGUAUACCUAAGAGAAUUUGUUUUUUAUCUGCAUAGAUCUGUAGAUUUUCGAGGCUGUUCAACAUUUUCUAAUAGUUCUAUUAUUUUACGACAAUCACGGGAAUCAAAACAGUAUGUAAAGAUCGAGACGCUGACUUAUUUUGUAAAACGUAUACGAUCAAUGGAGAAUCGUAUCAAAAUUUAGAUACAACACAAACCUACGCUUACGAGAGGGGUCUAGUAAUGUACUCACGUAGAUUAUUUACGUGGGCAACAAUCGACGAACAAAUCUUGGGAAGUCGACAUUCAGUAUAGUUGAAAUAGUAUACGCACAAAUAGUUUGUACGAUAAGAAGAGUAAUAAUGGGGAAGGUUAUAUGAAAAGAUUUAAUCGUUAUCAGGUGGCUAACGAGAGCAAACCUAAUAGUAAACUUCGUUCCUAAAACUUAAGACAUAAGAAAGUCUAUUUAAUUCGUAGGAAAGAAUAGACUGAGAAAAACUGACAGUAUUUAUAGGAAAUAUUUUACAUCGGAAGAAUAUACUGCAAUUUUAAUCUUAUACUGAUCUUGAUACAUGCUAUUUAUCGAAUGGAGCAGGCACUUUCAAUUUUAGUCAGUCCUUUUAUAAACACGAACGCGCAUUAUUUGGAAUACAAUUUUUAUACAUUAUUAACAAUCAAAUCUUAAAGUAUAACCUUCGUUUUUUUAACUUAAUAUAAGUUAUCGUCAUAGUAAGGUUUGUUGUAAUAUUUGAAACAUCUAUGAGCAGAUCUUUUAAAUACAUACAUAAACGUGUAUGAAGUUCAAGUUGCCGUUCAAUGUUUCACGUGUAUGGUGAACAGUGCGAGAAAUGUUUCAUUCAUCUAUGCUGCAUUUAAUAUCAGUGUAUAAUUGAAAAAAAAAUGAAACGAGCAAUUUUUGCUUAUCGAACUCUUGUUAUAAAUUAAAGAACUUUUUAUACAA